AUGGAGUUGAAGAAGAAUUUGGAAGAAUGGCCUCCAGCUGAGCCAUCUAAUGACCGUGGCAGCACUGUGUGGUGCAAGAGCAUCGUUCUGGCCUUCAUCCUGGUCUUUCUCCUUAUCGGGGUCUUUGUUGGCCUGUUAAUUGCUUACCUGGUGCAAGAAGAACACCAUUUCUUGGAGACAGUGGAACUGAGGGGUCUCAAGUAUGAUACUGUAUUGCAAGACGAUAUGUCCUCAUUGUCCAUCGUUCUCUCUUCCACCAUCCAGGCCAAGAUCAAACAUGUCUUCAUUGCCUCGUCAAUAGCACCUCAUUUCGUGGGCUGCAAUAUCAUAGCCUUUGGGAACAUCAACGGCAACGUGAUGGCGACGUUUAGGCUGACCUUCCGCACGUCCAAGGCGCAGAAGUACUCUGACAACUUCAUCCAGGACCUCCUGAGAGUGGGCCUGGCCGCCUUGUUCCAUGGGCGCCCCCUGGUGGUGCCAGAUUUUGGGGAGAUCAGCACUGUCAUCUUGUUGGGAGCCAGUGGGAAGUCCUUCUAUCACAUUGGAGACGAGACAGGCACCUGUCCCGCCAGCACCUUCACCUGUGACAACGGAGAGUGCCUCACCAAGCCAAACCCCGAGUGUGACUUCAUCCCUGACUGUGCUGACGGAUCAGACGAAGCCCACUGCUCCUGUGGCACCCGUCCGGCCAUGGGCAGCAGGGUGGUGGGGGGGGAGGACGCCCGGCACGGGGAGCUCCCCUGGCAGGUCAGUCUGAGGCUCCAGGGCCGGCACACCUGCGGGGCUUCCCUCAUCAGCAGGAGAUGGCUGGUCAGUGCUGCCCACUGCUUCGAGAGGGACAGGAACCCGAAGGAGUGGACGGCGCUGAUGGGGGCGAGCCUGGUCAGCGGGGAAGAGUCCGAGUCCAGACUGGUGAAGAUCAAGAGCAUCAUCGUGUCCCCGCACUACAACCCCAGGACCACCGAUAACGACGUGACGGUGCUGGAGCUGGAGGCCCCGGUCGCGUUCAGCCCCUACAUCCAGCCCGUCUGCCUGCCCUCCACCGCGCACGUCUUCAGCUCGGGCCAGCAGUGCGUGGUGUCGGGCUGGGGGGCCCUCCAUCAGUACAACAGUGAGCUGCCCCCGAACCUUCAGAAGGCUGUGGUGAAGAUCAUCGACUCCAAGACCUGCAACAAGUCGAGCGUUUACCGGGGCUCGGUCACCCGCAACAUGGUGUGCGCUGGCUUCCUGCAGGGCAAGGUGGACUCGUGUCAGGGUGACUCUGGAGGGCCCCUGGUGUGUGAAGAGGCUCCAGGGAGGUUCUUCCUGGCAGGGGUGGUGAGCUGGGGUGUGGGCUGUGCUCAGAUCAACAAGCCCGGGGUCUACUCCCGCGUCACCAGGCUCCGGAACUGGAUCCUAAGCCACAGCGAGCCCAACCUGGCUCAUCCUCUGGGGGACCCAGUCACCCAGCUCACUGCCACAGCGAUCGACACCCAUCCCCAAGCCUUGAUCACGUCCCCCGCACUGCCAGCUGUAAACUGCAGUGGUAACUAUAAGUGUGGCGCCGGAGCGUGCAUCAGCAAGGUGAACCCUGAAUGCGACGGGGUCGUUGACUGCCCCAACAGAGCCGAUGAGAAGAACUGUGACUGUGGGCACCGCCCGGCCGUGGGCUCACAGAAGAUAGUGGGAGGGGUGAACGCUCGCAGGGGCGAGUGGCCCUGGAUCGCCAGCCUGCAGUUCCAGCGCUCCCAUCGCUGUGGAGCUGCACUCAUACACUGCAAGUGGCUCCUGACUGCUGCACACUGCUUCAACAGUGAUCCUAACCCCGGCGGCUGGACAGUGGGCCUGGGCUCUGUCUUCCGGUCCGGGGUCGGGGCGCUGCUCAUCCCCGUGGAGAGGGUCAUCCUGCACCCCAGCUUUAACGGGACCAGCAUGGACUUCGACGUGGCCCUGCUGGAGCUGUCCAUCCCGGCGCCGCAGUCCUACACCAUCCAGCCCGUGUGCCUCCCCUCCCCCACACACAGGUUCCUCAGCACCGCGGAGUGCUACAUCACCGGCUGGGGCGCGCAGAGCGAGGGAGGCUCCCUGGCCAGCCUCCUACAGAAGGCUGCGGUCAGUAUCGUCGACCAGCGCGAAUGCCAGCAGGCCUACGGCAACGGGCUGAUGCCCAGCAUGGUGUGUGCGGGCUCCGCAGAGGGUGGGAGAGACACCUGCAUGGGGGAUUCCGGAGGGCCCCUGACCUGCCGGGAGCCUUCGGGCCAGUGGUUCGUGGCGGGGGUGACCAGCUGGGGGCGCGGCUGCGGUCGGAUUGGCUUCCCGGGGGUUUACACGCGAGUCACCGCCAUCAGACACUGGAUAUCCCAACACCUGCCCUUUUAA